AACCGCCGCAUGUGGCCCGCGGGCCAUAGUUUGAGGACCCCUAAGAGGGUCCGGUAGCAGUGAGGAGGGGGUAAAGCCCCUGAUUUGCACUUAGGGUUACUAGGUGGCUAACUCAAAUGGCUCAUUUACAUAGAAAUCCUGGAUGUACUCCUGGAAGUACGCUAUACGUCCAUACUUAUUUAACAGGGACCACACUACCGCCCUGCCACUAAUACAGCCAAUUUUACUUCCUUCUCGGCUCCCUUAGCUCUGCCAACGCUCUCUCUUAGGCCCGCCCCUCAAAGAUUGGCCCCCCCUCCCACUCGUAAGCCCCUUCCCUUGCCCUCUCUACCCUCCCUGGCUUCCAAAUACUGUAUCUCUUCCCCGCCCCCUUUUCUAUUUCUAAACAGGCAUGUUCCGGGCAGCUCACUUGACUCCGUAGAUUUACUAUGGGAUCGGUAGGGUCCUGAGCAUCCUGGACAGAGGAAAGCCUAUCCCGAGAAAAAAGGUUUGGAUUCCGCAGAAUAAUUUUACAUCGAGAUCUGCUGGAGAGUUAGUUUAUUUUUGGUCUUGGUGCAUCAAGGGAGGAAGCGGAGGGUGCGUGGGCCAGUCGAACCUGAGGCAGCCUGAAGGCCCCGUCAGGCGGCGCCGCGGGCAGCCGCGCAGCCGGGGCCUGGUGCAGCCGCCGCGGCCGCUGUCAGGGAAGCGCAAGCGCCCAAUGGAACCCGGCAGCGGUCGCUGCUGCUGAGGCGGCAGUGUCGGCAGUCCGACCCCGACCGCCCGCAUCUCCUCUGCGGAGGUCCCCCAGAGGCUUAUGUUGAAGGAAUCACAGAACAGAAUGUCUUCCCACCGUUGUCCAGAUCCAGAAGAGUCAGUUUACUCUCUGUGGCUUACUGGAACAGUUUUGCUUGGAAGCUGGAAAUCUGGCUGUGGCCAUGGGAGACACAGUAGUGGAGCCUACCCCCUUGAAGCCAACUUCUGAGUCGACUCCUGGCCCAGCAGGGAGUAACGGGGGCUCUUUGCUAAGUGUCAUCACGGAGGGGGUCGGGGAACUAUCAGUGAUUGACCCUGAGGUAGCCCAGAAGGCUUGCCAGGAGGUGCUGGAGAAAGUCAAGCUUUUGCAUGGAGGCGUAGCCAUCUCUAGCAGAAACUCCCCACUGGAGUUGGUCAAUGGGGAUGGUGUGGACAAUGAGAUCCGUUGCCUAGAUGAUCCACCUUCUCAGAUCAGGGAGGAGGAAGAUGAGAUGGGAGCCACUGUGGCCACAGGCACAGCCAAAGGAGCAAGAAGGCAGCGGCAGAAUAACUCAGCUAAACAGUCAUGGCUGUUGAGGCUGUUUGAAUCAAAACUGUUUGACAUCUCCAUGGCCAUGUCAUAUCUGUAUAACUCUAAGGAGCCUGGAGUGCAAGCCUACAUCGGCAACCGUCUUUUCUGCUUUCGCAAUGAGGAUGUGGACUUCUAUCUGCCCCAGCUGCUUAACAUGUACAUCCACAUGGACGAGGAUGUGGGUGAUGCCAUUAAGCCCUACAUAGUCCACCGCUGCCGCCAGAGCAUUAACUUUUCCCUCCAGUGUGCCCUGUUGCUUGGGGCCUACUCUUCAGACAUGCACAUUUCCACUCAACGACACUCCCGUGGGACCAAGCUGCGGAAGCUGAUCCUCUCAGAUGAGUUAAAGCCAGCUCACCGAAAGAGGGAGCUGCCUUCCUUGAGCCCAGCCCCUGAUACAGGGCUGUCUCCCUCUAAAAGGACUCACCAGCGCUCUAAGUCAGAUGCCACCGCCAGCAUAAGUCUCAGCAGCAACCUGAAACGAACAGCCAGCAACCCUAAAGUGGAGAAUGAGGAUGAGGAGCUCUCCUCCAGCACCGAGAGUAUUGAUAAUUCAUUCAGUUCCCCUGUUAGACUGGCUCCUGAGCGAGAAUUCAUCAAAUCCCUGAUGGCAAUCGGCAAGCGGCUGGCCACACUCCCCACCAAAGAGCAGAAAACACAGCGGCUGAUCUCGGAGCUCUCUCUGCUCAACCAUAAGCUCCCUGCCCGAGUUUGGCUUCCUACUGCUGGCUUUGACCACCACGUGGUUCGUGUACCCCACACACAGGCUGUUGUCCUCAACUCCAAGGACAAGGCUCCCUAUCUGAUCUAUGUGGAAGUCCUUGAAUGUGAAAACUUCGACACCACCAGUGUCCCUGCCCGGAUCCCUGAGAACCGAAUUCGGAGUACACGGUCUGUAGAGAACCUGCCCGAAUGUGGUAUCACCCAUGAACAGCGGGCUGGCAGCUUCAGUACUGUGCCCAACUAUGACAACGAUGAUGAGGCCUGGUCGGUGGAUGACAUAGGCGAGCUGCAAGUGGAGCUCCCUGAAGUUCACACCAACAGCUGUGACAACAUCUCUCAGUUCUCUGUGGACAGCAUCACCAGCCAGGAGAGCAAGGAGCCUGUGUUCAUUGCAGCAGGGGACAUCCGACGGCGCCUUUCAGAACAGCUGGCUCACACCCCCACAGCCUUCAAACGAGACCCAGAGGACCCUUCUGCAGUUGCUCUCAAAGAGCCCUGGCAGGAGAAAGUACGGCGGAUCAGAGAGGGCUCCCCCUAUGGCCAUCUCCCCAACUGGCGGCUCCUGUCAGUCAUUGUCAAGUGUGGGGAUGACCUUAGGCAAGAGCUCCUAGCCUUCCAGGUGUUGAAGCAACUGCAGUCCAUUUGGGAACAGGAACGAGUGCCCCUUUGGAUCAAGCCAUACAAGAUCCUUGUGAUUUCCGCCGAUAGUGGCAUGAUUGAACCGGUGGUCAACGCUGUGUCCAUCCACCAGGUGAAGAAACAGUCACAGCUCUCCUUGCUCGAUUACUUCCUACAGGAGCACGGCAGUUACACCACUGAGGCAUUUCUCAGUGCCCAACGCAACUUUGUGCAAAGUUGUGCUGGCUACUGCUUGGUCUGCUACCUGCUGCAGGUCAAGGACAGACACAAUGGGAACAUCCUUUUGGACGCAGAAGGCCAUAUCAUCCACAUCGACUUUGGCUUCAUCCUGUCUAGCUCACCCCGAAACCUGGGCUUUGAGACAUCAGCCUUUAAGCUGACCACAGAGUUUGUGGAUGUGAUGGGUGGCCUGGAUGGUGACAUGUUCAACUACUAUAAGAUGCUGAUGCUUCAAGGGCUGAUUGCUGCUCGAAAACACAUGGACAAGGUGGUGCAGAUUGUGGAGAUCAUGCAGCAAGGUUCUCAGCUCCCUUGCUUCCAUGGCUCCAGCACCAUUCGCAACCUCAAAGAGAGGUUCCACAUGAGCAUGACAGAGGAGCAGCUUCAGCUGCUGGUGGAGCAGAUGGUGGAUGGCAGCAUGCGGUCCAUCACCACCAAACUCUAUGAUGGCUUCCAGUACCUCACCAAUGGCAUCAUGUGAUAUCCUUCUUCUCAGGCCCAGGGGCCCUCCCAGAGGAGCCCUUGUCUGAGAAACCCCAAACCAGGAAACCACCUGCCCAACCAUCCACCCAAGGGAAAUGGAAGGCAAGAAAUACAAAGGAUCAUGUAUCUUGUGGUAACAGGCAAGAGCUUGUCAUGGGGUGGGAGAGCCAGCUCUGGGGUCCAGACUUGCUGGGGCUUCCCUGUCCUCCAGCACUACGUCAGUAUUACCACCUGACUGACUCCAGGACUCACUGCCCUCCAGAGAACAGAGAUGAAUGUGAGGGACGCCAGGGCCUGUCUUCUCCUCGCCAGGAUCUGAGAGGUUCUCUGCAGGCCACCUACUUCAUCUGUUCUGGGUCCCAAGGGGGACGAGUAGGUCUUUGGCACUUAAGACUCAAUCCUGUGGCUGGCCUUUGGCCAGGCUACUGCCCAACUGUGCCCCUCCCAGGGACUGGCCCUAGCCUAAGUUCCCCUGGCAGGGCUCUACACCUGCUGAGGUGCCUACCACAGGGGCAAGGACAGGAAUUACCACAACCCCUCCCACGUAUGAGGGGUACGUGGCAUAGCCACAGGAAUUCCUUACCCUGAUCCCUUCCCCACACCCAGGGAAAUAGCUCUCAAUUUUUUAUUUUUAAAUUUUUGUUUUAAAUAAAGUCCUUAGUUAGCCAUC